CUCCGGAGUGCUUCAAUAGUUUCAUGACACCACCCUGUCACUGAUUAUUUUCCAAGAACAGCACAUCACCGAGUGUUUGCACUGUAACACACCUGUAACAAAUCUUUCAAAAUGGUGUUUUGGCUUUGUGCUGCAGUUCUUCAGGUUUGGAUGGGGAUCUUGUUAUGCUCUGUAAAUGAUUUACUGGGAUCACCUCUGGCCUGCUCAGAUCGCGAUCCUACAGGAGCACAAUGCUCAAUUUCUGUUGAGAAACUUCUGGAUCGAGCCAUCCAGCAUGCUGAACUCAUCUAUCGCAUCUCAGAGGAGGCCAAGGCAUUGUUUGAGGAGAUGUUCAUCCCUUUAUCGAUAUCCAAUCAUCAAGGUUAUGGAGGCAACUCUUGCACGUCCCAUCUUCUGCAUGUCCCAACAUCCAAAAUCGAAAUUCAACAAAUUUCGGAUAAAUGGCUCCUCCACUCGAUCUUGAUUCUGGUUCAGUUCUGGAUCGAUCCCCUGGCUGACCUGCAGGAUUCUCUCGACAGGUACGACAAUGCCCCCAGCUCCCUCCUCAACAAGACCAAGUGGAUGUCAACCAAGCUGAUGAACCUUAAGCAGGGAGUGCUUGUCCUUAUGAGUAAGAUGCUGGAUGAAGGAAGUCUGGAGCUGAAAGAUAAUGAGAGUGUGGUGCGCCAUGCUGUUGUUCCUGCCAUGGCAGAGCACAUGCUGAGGGACUACACUGUGUUCUCCUGCUUCAAAAAGGAUGCGCACAAGAUGGAGACAUUUCUAAAACUGAUUAGAUGCCGCCAAACACAUCACCUGAGCUGCUCCCUUCUCUAA